UCCUUCAUCUUGUAGGAGGGGGCAGCGCUGCUGCAGCGAUGGCGUGCUAAGAGGUGGCCGAGACCAUCUCCUGGCUUGCCGCGGCGGUCGCUUCCUCUCCCUGGUCCCUGCCGGAUCCUCCACCCGCCACCUCCCAAGUCCACCGUUUCCGCCACACCGCCGGUCCUCUCUCGGUCCAGUGGAGUGGAGAUCCAUCUGGAGUUGACUCCUGCUUCUUCGUUUGCUGAAACCUUUUUGUUGAUGUCAAGCUGGUAUUGAAGUAGUUCAAAAUGUCAGGGAUUGCAGCAAUUUGGCGUCGGUCAUGUCAAUCAUCUGCUAGUCAGAGUCUAAUGGAGACAUACGUUGGCCCAUCCGUGUCUUCUGAUGCUUUGAGGUUGUUCAGCAGCUGUGCUAAGCGCUCAAGAAAACCUGACAUUUCUGUUGUUAACCAGAUUAAGGUGGUGGAUCGGUAUUCCACAGUGAAUCAUGUGACAAGGAUCAGAAGAUUGCCCCUUUCAAGUCGUGUGGACACUAAUUGGUUGAUUACUUCAAAGCCCAGACAUGGUGCUUUACCAGGAUUCUUAGGCAUUUCAAGCUUCCAUCGUGGAUACUCCUCAGAUACUGGAAUCAAGCCAGAAGCUUCUCAGAGUACUGUCUCUAAUGUUCCUUCUACAGAAAGCUCUGAGGUUGGCACUGCAGGUGGUGGUGGGGGUUCUUGGAUUGAGAUCUUGGACAGUGCUCGCAAGUCUACGGUAGAUGCUACAACUGAUGCAGGCAAGAAACUUAAGGAGCUGACUGAUGCUGUUACACCUCAUGUCCAGCAGCUAUUUGAUACAUAUCCAAAUCUUGAAAAGGUAGUUGUUCCACUUGGCGGAACACUAUGUGGUACAAUGAUGGCAUGGUUGGUCAUGCCUAUCAUUCUUAGGAGGCUUCACAAGUACGCGUCACAAAGUCCUAUAUCAGCACUUUUGGGGAACUCAACCAAGAAUGAUGUUUCGUACCAAACUAGUCUCUGGUGUGCAUUAGAGGAUCCUGCAAAAUAUCUUGUCACAUUUAUGGCAUUUUCAGAGAUGGCAACACUUAUUGCACCAAGCAUAUCCACUUAUCUUCCGCAGGCAUGGAGGGGUGCAUUUGUUCUGUCUUUUGUAUGGUUCCUUCAGAGGUGGAAAACCAACUUCAUUGCUAAAGCCAUGACCAACCCAGAUGCCUCAAGUUUGGACCACGAUAAGAUAUCAGCAUUUGAUAAGGUUUCUUCGUUGGGACUGAUUGGACUAGGAGUAAUGGGUCUUGCUGAAGCUUGUGGUGUAGCUGUUCAAUCGAUAUUAACUGUCGGUGGUGUGGGAGGUGUUGCUACUGCUUUUGCUGCUAGAGAUGUCCUUGGCAACAUUCUCAGUGGGUUCUCCUUGCAAUUUUCUAAGCCAUUUUCAGUUAACGACUACAUAAAGGCAGGGCCAAUAGAAGGCAGGGUGGUUGAAAUAGGACUCACUUCAACUUCAUUGAUCAAUCCAGAAAAGCUCCCUGUCAUAGUACCCAACUCUUUGUUCUCCAGUCAGAUGAUAGUGAACAGAUCACGAGCCAAUUGGCGAGCUAGUGUGACAAAGAUUCCUAUAAGAAUUGAAGAUAUUGAGAAGGUUCCUUCAGUAUCAGAGGAGAUAAAGGUUAUGUUAAGGUCCAAUCCAAAUGUGUCCUUUGAUAGUGAUGUUCCUUAUUGCUAUCUCUCAAGAUUGGAAAGUUCAUAUGGAGAGCUCACUAUUGGAUGCAACCUAAAAAACAUGAGAAAAGAUGAGUGGUUAUCUACCGAACAAGAUAUUCUUUUGGGAGCUGCUAGGAUUAUCAAGUCGCAUGGCAUUGAACUGGGAAGCACUAUGCAGUGCUGUUAAUUCAUGCUUCUGGGACUUUCAAGUAGGGUAAAUUUCGUUAGCCUUCAGAACUGCAGAACUGCAUACUAACGUACUUGGCGCCUAGGAGUUUUGCUUACGCGGGUGCAGCGGCAAGAACGUCCGUGUGUUAUGCCUUCAGACCAUCUGACACCUAUCACCGACAUUGUGUUACUGCCAUUGCCUUUGGGACCUAUGUCAAGUUCCACUUUUGUAGCCUUCAGUUUUACAUGGUAAUUGAUCCGUUCCUGGAGGACCUCAUGGUCCAGUGGCCAACGUUUGCUCGGCGUGCCGUGAGUGACCGGAUUGUUGCUCCAUUUUGGUGAAAAUGUUCGGUUUUUCUCGAACCAUAGGGGUUCGUUUAGUACUUGGUUGUCUAACCUGAUAUUCGAUCAUCUCGAAUGAAUAGGUGCUGGACAUUGUCCAUUUCUCA